AUGGCUUCCCUGCAACAAUCUAUUGAAGAAAAUGAAACGAAUCCAGAAAUUUUACUCGUGGAGACGGUUACCGAAUCAGCAGAAUCACUGAAUUCAUCGAUAGAGGAAGUUGAGAUUGAUUUUGUUGCAAAAAUUAAGAAAAUAUUAUUCACCUUAUGGCGUAAGAUUGUUGUAAUUAGAAAGCAUAACGAUGAGAAUGUACCACAAGAUCGUCGUGGAGAUCAAAUGAAACGAGUCAGACUUUAUCACGUUUGGCCAGGAAAAAAUGUAUUUUAUCUCAAAGGGUUACUGAUAUGUGGGCCGGAUCCAAGACGAUUGCUAUUAACUAUAGUCUGUAUUAGUCUAUCAAGUUUGGUUUUUUCUGUUUAUGUUGCAAAGUAUUUAUCAAAAAAUUCCAACAUCAUAAACAGUUUCUGUGUGCUAUUGACCUUAAUUGUUUUUGCAAACUUAAUAAUGGUUAGUGUCAUUGAUCCUGAAAUUAUUCCGAGAAACGAUGAAUCACCAUCCCCUGAAUCGACACAAAAUGGGAGAGUAAGAAGCAAAAGAGUGUUUGUAAAUGGUUUGGAAUUGAAAUUAAAAUACUGCCGUAUUUGUAACAUAUAUCGUCCGGCUAGGAGCUGCCAUUGCAUUGUGUGUGAUAAUUGCGUCGAUAAAUUUGACCAUCAUUGCCCUUGGAUUGGUCAAUGCAUUGGACUGAGGAAUUAUCGACUUUAUGUGUUGCUAUUGGUUAUUGCAAAUGUUUACUUCGUCUACAUAUUUGGUUUCUCAUGUCUAAAGAUUCAACAAAAGAAUGGUGGCAAUGGCAAUGGUUUGAUUGGUUUGGUGCGAGAUUGCCCGGAGACAUUGACGUUGGCAUGCUUUAGUUUUGUUGCUGCGUGUUUUGUUGGUGGAUUGACUUGUUAUCAUGUGUAUCUCAUUGCUACAAAUCAGACAGCUUAUGAGAAUUUUAGGCAGCAGUACGGAAGCGCUAAAAAUCCUUUCAAUAAAGGAGUUGUGACUAAUAUUAAGGAGGCUUUACUUUCACCUUGGACGCCUUCAAGGAUCAAUUUUCGUUCAGAAAUAUAG